AUGGACUCGAUAGCAGAUAAUUACGCUUCGAGUGAUAGUGAGAUAGAUUCUGACGAGAAGAAGAGUUCGUUGGGGUCCUCUAGUGAAACUCUGCUUGCUCGUUUACCCGCUGAGAUCGCCGAAAAGUAUAGUCUUCACCCAAGUAUACCUAAAACCAGUAGCAUGUCACUAAGAGGUGCGAACAAGGGUGUACAGUAUUGGAGCACCUUUCUUUACUAUGAAUGGCGCCCCAGCCGGCAGGAGAGGAUGCAACUCAUGAAAAUAGUCGAGAACUUCAACAGCUACUGUCGAGAAAGCAAAUUGCCUCUGACUAAACAGUUAUACUUUGAGCCAUUGCAUGUAAGCUCUCUAGGCGCUCCUUUAGCCUUACAUGUUUCGCUUUCUCAAACAAUCAAUUUUGAGAGUGAAGCCGAUCGAGACACCCUGUUCAAAUCAUUACAAGCAAAAGUCCGAAGUUCUACGGAAUUAAACCCCUUCAUGAUGAUUUUUCAACCAAUACUUAGAGUCCUCCCCUCCUACGCAAAAGAUUCACUCUUCCUGAUAUUGCCCGUCGACCCUGGCAUCAAAAAUCGAGAGAUGACACCUAUCAAUAAAAUAAUACGGGAGGCUCUAACUGAAACUUUCCCGCAGAAACGAGCAGAGGAAAUUCAGAAGCUCUCAUGUAUGCCACCUUCAACACAUUUAUCCAUAGCUAUGGCUACCAACGCACCAAGAUCUGCGCUUGACAAUUUGAAUAUUUUGAAUACUUUGAUCCCUGAAGAACAAAUUAACGACAAGAUAGAGUUCCCAGUGAACAGUUUGAAAUUUGACAAGAACCGACAGGUAUUGAGCAUCCCGCUAGGCAGCUAG